AUCCCUUUCUUCCAAGGUUUACUCAACCAUCUUCCAUUUCAUCACUGAAUCCUCAUACAAUAUCUCCCUCGAACGAAUAAUCACACAAAUCAUUCACAAUGUCCGCCUUUGAUACCGCAGUUGUCGAUUCCAAGAAGCUUACUAGUAAGCCUGGAUCUGAUGAUUUACUCGAGAUUUACAGUUUAUACAAAGUAGCCAUCGAUGACGACAUCUCCAAAGCUGAGGCUCCAGGAAUGUUCGACAUCAAGGGCAAAGCCAAGAAGAAGGCGUGGCAAGAAAAGGUCGAUUCCGGCAUCACAGCCGAUGAAGCUAAAGAGAAAUACGUUGCCAAGAUCGAGGAAUUAAAGGAGAAGUGUGGAUAUGAUGCCGAUAAGGUUCCUGAGGCUGUUGGAGGAAACUAAACUUUCAAUGGAAGUACUGGUUUUGCGGAAGGGAUGCAUGGAGAAUAUACGAGGAUUGCAUAGUUGAGCUAGGGAUUCGGAGGGACAUAGAAAUGCAUAGUGGAUGGAGGAUUAUGUUUAUGUUUGAGAAAGCAAGCAAGCAAGCAAGCAAGCAAGAAUGAGCGUAUGAUUAUGCAUAAAUCAGUUGAUACCGUUUCAAACUUUCAUGCUUAAAGAUAUAUUUGUGUCGCUUCUGUCGGA